GUCCGGACUGUACUCCGCAGCUCUUGUUGUUGUAGUUAACAACGUGGAGCGAAGUUCAUACACAUACACAGAUUAUGCUGAGUGAAAAAGACCUGAACUCUUAAACAUGCAGGUGUCCAGUGUGAACAACGUGAAGAUUUAUAAUCUGAGCCAUGGAAAGUCUCUGCCUGAGUGGUUAUCAGAUCGAAAAAGGAGAGCCUUACAAAAGAGAGAUGUUGAUGUCCUCAGAAGGAUUGAGCUCAUUCAGGAUUUUGAGAUGCCCACUGCAGCAACCACUAUCAGAGUAUCACGAGAUGGGCAGUAUAUUUUAGCUGCAGGAACAUACAAACCCAGGAUCCGAUGCUAUGACACGUACCAGUUGUCUCUGAAGUUUGAGAGAUGUAUGGACUCUGAUGUGGUGACCUUUGAGAUCCUGUCUGAUGAUUACUCAAAGCUUGUGUUUUUGCAUGUGGAUCGUUACGUGGAGUUUCACUCUCAGCAUGGACACUACUACAAAACACGCAUACCGAAGUUCGGUCGAGACUUCUCCUACCACUACCCAUCCUGUGAUCUGUACUUUGUUGGAGCCAGCUCUGAGGUCUACAGGUUGAAUCUGGAGCAGGGCAGGUUCCUCAACUCUCUGCAGACCGAUGCAGCAGAGAUAAAUGUGUGUGAUAUCAACCCUGUUCAUCAGCUGUUUGCUGCAGGGACUGUGGAGGGGAAAGUGGAGUGCUGGGACCCUCGCGUGCGCAGUCGAGUGGCUGUUCUGGACUGUGCUCUCAGCAGCGUGACUGAGGGAACAGAAGUUGAGGGCUUGCCUUCUGUCAGUGCGCUGAAGUUUAACAGCUCGCUGGGAAUGGCUGUGGGCACCACUACUGGACAGGUUUUGCUGUUUGACCUGCGUUCCUCCCACCCCCUACUGGUGAAGGACCAUUAUUACGGCAUGCCCAUCCAUUCCAUUAAUUUCCAUGAGCAGCUGGACCUGGUGCUGUCAGCAGACUCUAAAAUCAUCAAGAUGUGGAACAAAGACACCGGUAAAAUGUUUUCCUCCAUCGAGCCAUCAUCCAGCAUCACUGAUGUUUGUGUUUAUCCUGGCUCUGGUAUGCUUUUCACUGCCAAUGAAGACCCCAAAAUGAAUACAUUCUACAUUCCCGCCCUGGGUCCUGCACCCCGCUGGUGCUCUUUCCUGGAUAACCUGACUGAAGAACUGGAAGAGAAUCCAGAGAGCACCGUCUAUGAUGAUUACAAGUUCGUCACACGCAAAGAUCUGGAGAACCUUGGUCUGACCCAUCUGAUUGGCUCUCCUCUGUUGAGAGCCUACAUGCAUGGCUUCUUCAUGGAUAUCAGACUUUACCACAAGGUAAAGACCAUGUCAAAUCCUUUUGCUUACGAGGAAUAUCGAAAGGACAAGAUUCGCCAGAAAAUUGAGGAGUCGAGAGUUCAGCGAGUCCAGCUUAAGAAACUUCCCAAGGUGAAUAAAGAGCUCGCUAUUAAGCUGAUGGAGGAGGGAGAUAAUGAAGAUGCUCUGAGUGCUGCCAAGAAGAAGAAAGCCAAGGGUGCCACCAGCAUUCUCCGUGACGAUCGUUUCAAGAUGAUGUUUGAGAACCCAGACUACCAAGUUGAUGAGCGUAGCGAGGAGUUCCGAUUGCUCAACCCCAUCGUCUCCAAGGUUGGCCAGCAGAGGAGGAAGAAACUGCAGCAGUUGGUGGAGAAGGAGGCACAUCAACAGCAGGAAGAUCAGGAGGAUGAGGAGCUGGAGGGCCGGGCCAGUUCAGAAGAAGAGGAGAGCUCUGACGAUGAUAAAAGUUGGGUGGAGGAGGUGCGGGAGCAGCGGCGCCUCAUAAGGGCUGAGGAGAGGCAGCGCAGGUUUAAUGAGAGGAAGAAGCAGGACCGCAACACCAGCCUGCAGAGUUCAGAUCCAGCUGGGAGCUCCCAGCAGUCCCAGGCACAGGGGCGGAGCCAACCCCGGUUCUACCAGAUCAAAACUGGCGAGGAGUUUCGCAGCUUUGGCGAUGUUGCACGCAAACAGAAGGUGCAAAAAACAUCUCUUGAGGAGCGUCUGAGGCAGGAGGAAAGCUCAGGGAUGCUGAAUCUCACUGACACGGCUGUCGGAAGCAAACAGAUAACUUUCACUCUCAAGAAGUCGGAGAAGCAGCUGAAACAGCAGCAGGCUGAGCGGGACCACCAUGACGAACGCAGGAAAAUCAGGAGGUCUGCCGGCCACCUUUACACUCGGGGCAGAGGGAGAGGCAGAGGCAGAGGCAGAGGACGUUUCUGACCUCAGGACAGACCAUGAUCUCUGCCAGAUAGAACAAAGAACUUCUAGAAAUCUAGAACCUCAGCAUUGUGGUGCCAAUCACUCCUAUAGUGCUGACCUGCAGGGCUUUGCUAUUCCAAGCUCACAGUGCCGACAUAAACUGUGUCUAUUUGCCCCAGAGACAAUAGCACAGACGAAGGUGCUGAGAGUGCUCCUGAUUUCCAUCAGCAGGACGGCAGAGUGCUGAGGAUGGAAUGUGAGACCGGAUGAGAUGAAGAGAGAGAGAAGAUCGGAGGAAGAAUCUGUUUUUUUAUUAUUAUUUUAUUUUAAGGAGUAUGGAUUGUAGUAUACUGUAAAAGUUGGUGUACGUGUGUGUGUGUGAGUGUGUGUAAGCUGUGUGCAACACCUCUGACCUUCUACUUUUCUCCUUUUGUCCCUCACUGCAGUCUAAACAGAACUCUGUGCUGUUUAAGAAACAUGGAAUAUUUUAUCCACA